AUGGCCAGUCUACUGAAACUGACUCUGCUGGCGAGUGUCGCUGUGUCUGCAGCAAGUGGUGACGUCCGCACUAUCGCUGCGCGCACUGAGGCCCCAGCAUGUACUGAUGCAGUCUCAACGUUGUCACUUAGUGACCCACCCUACGACAACUUCUUCUACUCGGACUGCAACGUCGCCGCACAGGCUGUGAUCACUAGCCCACUACCAGACAGCAAUCUCUCAAUUAUUGGCCCUCGACUCAUUGUGGCAUGGCCUGCUGGCAACAGCGGUGUUUGCGCAUUCUUCGCGCCUCAAAGUGGCGUCAAUGGAUCGCUCUCCCUUGAACUCAUUAACUCCACUGAUAAUCAGCCCUUGAGUCCUGUCUACACUGCCCCUUUAGAUGGAAAUCAGUAUCCCAGUGUGGGUAUACAAGGUAUUUUACGCUUCAAUUCUUCGGCUACACUGACGGUUCCCAUCUUGGGAAGUAUUCGCACGAUCCGAGAUUUUACCGAGGGUCCUGGCAUUCUCUAUCCGGAGAUUCAGAACGCCAUCAGAUUUACUUCAGAUAGCGAUGGCAGCGUCACGCUUCAACGACUUUGGCUGGACAAUACCACGUCAACGCUGCUCCGUUUCAGCCCCAAUGGUACCGACAGCAAAGUGACUAUAUCUAACAAGACUGUCAACUUCUUAGCGGGCGACUACCUUUUCACGGCAGAGAUGAACUACCCACAGCUGUCCCAGCUUAAAGCAAGUGCAGCACUGAACGAGCAAUCAGCAAACUUGACCACACAAAUGCCGGACCAGACAACCGCGCUCUCGUUUCUGGCAUACUCGGAGAAACUCCUUGCAGGUGCCUGGCGAUUUUUGACGUACUUCGGGCGCGACUCCAUGAUCUCGGCAUUACUAUUGGAGCCUGUGCUCAGUAGUGGAAAUGGCAGUUCUAUGGAGGCAGUCAUCGGUUCGGUCCUAGAGAGAAUAAAUCGUACGGAUGGCAGUGUUUGUCACGAGGAAACAAUUGGUGACUAUGCAACUUGGACGAAUCUUCAAGAUAAUAUUACCAGCAAUGCUAUGAUUUGUGAUUACAAAAUGAUUGACUCGGACUAUUACCUGCCCAUCUUGAUGGAGAAAUACUUUUUGCAAAACCCACAUGUCAUCGAACAUCAACGAAGCGAACCAGAACUUGACCUGGGACAGCUGGCAACAAUAAACGCGGCCAGAAUUAUGCAUCUUACAGGACCCUUUGCCCAUAAUCAGGUCAAAGAAAAUCUGAUCCAUCUAAAAGACGGACAGAUUGUUGGAGAAUGGAGAGACAGCACAUACGGUAUUGGAGGGGGCCGCAUUCCCUACGACGUCAACACAGCCCUCGUCCCCGCAGCUCUACGCUCCAUCGCCUCCCUCUCUCGACACGGCAUUUAUCCCGGCCAUUCAAGCUGGGCCCAACUGGCAGAUACUUACGCUCAGAUCUGGGAAGACAAAACACUCUCUUUCUUCGAAGUCACCAUACCGCAAGGAAAAGCACGAUCUCUCGUUCAAUCCUACGCCAAUACUUCUUUUGCAGGACCGGACCAGUCCUCAACCAUUGAUACAGACGUCGUCUUCCACGCUCUAUCCCUGGACGGCAACAACAAUCUAACUCAAGUCCAAGUCAUGAACACAGACGAUUGUUUCCGCCAUUUCCUACUCAACACAACAAAUGACGCCCAACUCACAUCUUUCCUCAAUAACUCCGCCACUAACAUCCGCCGCACAUUCCCAGCUGGCCUCAUGACCUCCGCCGGUAUGGUAGUAGCCAAUCCGGCCUUUGGCGGGAAUCCAGUCUACGCGCAGAACUGGACGACAGGCGCAUACCACGGCACAGUCAUUUGGUCUUGGCCACUCGCAAUGAUGGCCAAAGGCUUGGAGAUGCAGUUAGGUCGAUGCGAGGUUUCAGCCAACUUUUCAAUUUCCUCCGUGAAAAAGGCUGCGAUGCGCGUACCUGAUUUCUGUACCGAUGACUCCGUCUAUGGGAAUGUGAAAGAGGCCUAUAAUGUUCUUUGGGACUCGAUCGAGGGGGUUCAGGAUCAGCUUUCGCAGGAAGUGUGGUCGUGGGUUUAUCGUGAUGGUGGGUUCCAGGUAACUCCACUGGGUGUUAUUCCUCCGCCUGGAGGUGGGAGCCAGACUGGUAUUUCCCUCUCUCUUUCCUCGACGGAUAUAUGA